AUGCUUGUUAGAAGUAGUUUAUCUCCAAGAAGGAAAUGUUUCACCCCUUCAAUGUGGGAAGGCAGACAGUAAUAAACUAUAAGAAGAAGUCAAAAUCGUUAUUUGAAAACAGAAGAUGUUGACCAUCGGAAUGUUCAAUCUAGAAACGACGAUUCAAAAAGAAAAUCGGGGAGCAUUGUCAAUAAUAAGAAAAAUAAGUCAACCACUAAUCAUAAAACCUCGUUAAAUAGUUCUUUUAAUACAAAAAACCUAAAGACAAUUUAGUUAUCUACCCGAAAAUCAUCAUUACAGAACAAAUUACAACCUAAUAGCACGACAAGUGAACACCAUGUUCAUCAAUAUUUCUCACAGUCUCCCGCGAAAAGAAUACUAAAUUGUGAAAAGCUGAUAAAGGCAUAAAAAUUUUAAGAGGCUUUAAAAGAUUUGGAGGAGAUUGAUCAGCCUCAAAUGAAUCCAGAAUACAUAAAGGAAAUUGCCUACUUUAAGGGUUUAAUUCAUAUGAAUUGUCGACAAUAUGAUUAAGCAGUCAAUUAGUUUUCAAGAGCAAGACAAUCAGGGGAUUUAAAUGGAAAUACUGUAAUUUUGUAAGCAUUGUGUUUAAAAAAAAUUGGGAACUACAGUGAUGCAAUAGCUGUUUUAAAAGAAUUUUUAUCAAAAAAAUAUUCAAAAUUAUAACCAAUUUAUUAUGAUGCAUUAAUACAUAAAGGAAAAUUAUUAAUGAAAAUAAAAAAAUACUAGUUAGCUUUGCAAGAUUUCUAUUAGGCAAGUGUUCUAGAGAAUGAUUAAAUAUCAUUUUAAGGUACAUUAGGUAGAGCAGAUUGCUUAAGAUUGAGUGGUAAAAUAGCUGAAGCAUUGAAUGUUUAUGAAACUAUUCCAGAAAAUGAAUAAUUUUUGAUGAGAAAAAUAUAUUGCUAUAUUGAGUUAUAGUCUUUAGAUAGAGCCAUGGAAGCUAUCAAUCAAAUUCUAAUGAAUGACCCCAAUAGUUCAGAGGCGCUCUUCAUGAAGGGCUAAAUUUACAUAAAUAAAGGCUAAUUCAAUGAAGCUAUUUUGAGCUUUGAAUAAUCAAUUAAAUAAAAUAAUAGUAGGAAGGCAGUAACAAAAUCAUUAUAAGAAAUAGCCAAAAUUAAAAUUGAUUAGAAGGAUUUCUAUUCUGCAUAUUAUACAUUAUAAAGAGAAGACCAUUUAGAGGUUGAUAAAGAAUCUAUUAUGAAAUUAAGAUAAUUCACAGAAGGAGUUAUAUUCUUAAUGAAAAGAAAAUAUUAAGAAGGUGUAAAUGUGUUCACAUAAUUAAUUAAUAAUUAUUAAUUGGGGGAGUUCAUCAAGAAGAUUAUUUUUCUUUAUAGAGCCUAUGGUUUUAUUUGUUUAAAUAAAUUCUAAAAAGCAUUAAACGACUUGAUUUAUGUUCAAAACUUUUAAGAAUUAGAUUAACCAUCAUUAUAUAAUAAGAUCAUAUGUGAAGGAAUUGUAAUGUCCUAGUCGAGUCAAUUUGAAAAAGCGUAAUCACAAUUUCAGAAAGCCUCCAAGUUGUUUCCUGGUAAAAUGGAGCCGCAUUUUUAUAAGUCCUUGACUCUUAUAUAAUUUAUUAACAAGCAUAUGCCAAAAGACAAGGAUAAAUAUAUAAAAAAUGCUUUAAAACAUUUGGAUAAAGCAGUAACUUUGAAUGAUUAGAAUUCUAACCUACUUUAUCAUAGAGGAAUUUUAAGAUUUUAUUUUGGUUAAAUAGAUUUGGCUUUAUCUGAUUUAACAAAAGCAGUUGAGAAGAAUGAAGAUCGAGUUGCUAAAUAUGUUUAUGCUAGAGGAUUAGUAAGGGCCUGUUUGGACAAUCCUCAAUAAGCCUUAAAUGAUUUCACUAUUGUGAUCAAUUGGGACUCAAAAUUCGCUGAAGCUUAUUUGAAUAGAGCCAAAGUAUUUACAUUGUUAGGGGAUAGAACUGCUGCAUUUAAUGAUUUGCAAACUUACAUUUCUCUUAAACCCAAAGAUCCUGAUAUUCAUUUAUGGGCAGGAAAUUUGUUAUUUUUAAUUGGAGCUUACGAACACGCAAUCAAAACAUAUUCUCAUUCUCCAGAUAUUCAAAAUAAUGUGUAGUUAUUAAGAUACAGAGCACUGUGUUACAUCAUUUAGAAAGAAUUAAAUUAUGCAAUGUCAGAUUUAAAUAGGAUAAUAGAAUUGACUGGAGAUAAGAAAAGUUAUAUUGAUAAAGAAUGUUUAUUAGCCUUGAAAACAUCUACUGUAGGUCCAGAUGAAUCCCAAUCUAUGAUGAUUCUUAAAUUAUCGCAAGGAUCAAAUAAAUCAGUCAAUUUUAGAAUAGCAUCUUAAAUGCUUAAGAAAUUAAUAGUUUUAGGAUCAGAUGGCCAUGUGUUUUUAACAUCAGAUUUAAUAUUUUAUAGAGGAAUAAUGAAAUUUUACUUAGGGAACUAUAAAAAAGCUAUGGAUUUAUGGACAAAAUCAUAUGGGUUGAAAUAAUAAAUAAAAGAAUUUAGUUAAUAGUCGAAUAAUUCAUUAAUUUCUUAGUAAGAACAAUAGGAAAGAUUAAUCAGUGAAUUAGAUGAAUUGGAAUUUGAGGAUAGAACAUAUAAUAUGUACGAAUACUAUUACAAUGUUUCUAUUGCUACAAUAUUAAAUAAAUAAAAGAGAAAAGGAAAAGAAUUAUUAAAUUAAUUAGCUGAAUAACUUUAGGAAUCAUUUGAAACUCCAAUUCGAGAUUUUCUUGCAGCAUUAGACACAAAUUAACCUAAAAGUGCAACCAUUUUUCCCUACUCCAAUAGAUUAUGCUGCAUUUUCCCAACUUUUAAAAUUGGAAACUUAGAAACCAGACUAUCCUUCUGUUUACCAAGAAUAACUCCUCCCUCUAUGAAUCCAGAAUUUGAUAAUAAAUUAAUUGAAGGAAUUCAAGUAAUUCUAAUUAUUCGAUUACAAUAGUAUAGUCUACAGACGUGGACAACAAGCCGGAAGCGCCAUGGAUUAGAAGAAAUCCUGAUGGAGUUGAAUUAGAUUUAAGAAGUGAAAGCUAAAAAUCAUAAAUUGAUCAUAACCAAGAAGAAGAAAAUGACGACGAAAAUUCAGAAUAGUAGUUUUAUUUAUCCUAUAUCUAGACAUUAAAUUUCCAUUAAUGAUGAUAAAAUCACUAUAGAAUAACGACAUUAGGAUGAUUCAACGACAUAUCAAACUAAUUAUAAAAAGGAUAUUGAAUUGCUCAAAUAAUAACUGAGGCUUGAUAGGAUUGUUGAAUAACGAUUAGCAAAAUUAAAAUGA